CAUAGCGUGCGUUCCGUCGAUGUGCGUGAAGCUCGCUGGCAAAUGUGUCAUCUGGGGUGCCGAUUUAGGUUACGUAGGAAAGAAUGAAAUUAGCUUUAGUUACCGCCACAUUAAUUGUCGUCGUGAUUAUAGUCACGGAAGUGGAGCUCGCUAAAGCAAGACGGCGGCCAAAGAGAGGCGUCCAACCAGGGAACGCACGACAGCAGAACCAGCCGCGAAAACCGGGGGGACAAAAACACCCCGUCGGAAAGCCUGGGUCUCACCAAAGGGGUAAUCGGCGCAAACCCCACACGGCACGCAAACCGCCUCGCUCGAAGAAACCUGGAAAAGUGGAGCACGGGGCCAGGAACAGGAACAAGAAGCCUGCAUCGAAUACAAGUCCAGCAGAAAAAGCGGAGGCUCCAAGCGGAAACACAUCGCCAGCAGCCGGAACUCCGAAUGGAAUGGAUGGUGGAAUGAUGGACCAUACGGGAAUGGGCAUGGGAGGUAUGGGAGGAAUGGGAAUGGGAAUGGGAAUGGGAGGCAUGGGAGGUAUGAUGGCUACAAUGAUGAUAGGCCAGUUGGGAAAUACCGUGGGUGGCACAGUGGUCAACAUAACGAGGGCGGCUACCGGACUGGAGGACGGUGGUGCUGGUGCUGAGGGUGCGGGUGGAGAGGAAGGAGGAGCUGAAGGUGGUGCUAACGGGGGCUGGUAGUCAACCGGAACUGCCUCUGGUUAACCUCCCUGCCUUUCUAUGCAUCCUUUUUCUUGGUUAUUGACGGCGCAAUAAAGCUCCCCUGCUGCCCUUC